AUGGCAGCAGAUGACGUCAAGCGCCCUUGGGCUUCUGACUGGCCGGGCUCUCUAGUAUCACAGAAGAACUCUGCAACAAACAUCUGUGAGAAAAGAACGUUGAACAAUCUGCUGUUUUAGAACUUUGCUUGCAAACAAUGAAGCUGUAGGCCUGUAGAAUCCAGGAUCUUCUAUGGAAAUAUAACAUCUCCACUGUUCUGGAGUCUCUUUGUUGAGUCACAUCCUUGUUCUUCCAGGAAGUGCAUGUUGAUGGGCAUGGAGAUCGUGGGCAUCACUAUGGGAGUAAUGGGAUGGAUUGUCUCCAUAGUGGCCUGUGCUUUGUUUACAUCGGGAUUGAUGGACUUUCCACAGUACAGAGAGGUCAGACUAACUCAGAUCAUCACCUACUUCUCCAUUAUUCUAGGGUUGCUAGGGAUGAUACUCUCCAUCUCAUCUACAGUGCACCAAAUGUACCCAGAGAAAUAUGAAUAUGUCUAAAGUUGAAGUGAUUAUCUUUCGCAGAAUAUUCCUCAUCCUGGCUGGUCUCAUCCACCUGAUCUUGAUCUUCUUGGUUGCCCUUGACUUGACACUAAACUCGGACCAUGAGAACUUCCUGCGGAGUAAUAACCUGAUGUUCUCAGCUGAAUUUAAUAGGUGGGCCGCUUCACUGCUUCUGAUAGGAGGGACCAUAUUCUGCCGCAGCUUCAUAAAAAAAAAAGCCUAA